AUGGCCUUCCUCGCCACCCUUUGGACAAAAACGCGUCUCUCUAUCCUAACACCUUUCGUGAGACUCCUCCGAGCAAUAAUCGUCACCUUAGCCCGCCUCGCAAUCGAGAACAAGCCCAACCCUGAUGUCAUUCAAUACAUCCCGUCGCUCUCAACCACAACCGCAACAUCACCCACGGCCAAGUCCGAAACUACAAUCGUAGCAGCAGCUCCAGUUCCAACCCACGAGAUCAAGGUCCACAUCUACAAUCCUUCUCCUUUGCCCCCCUCAGCAAUCCAAGCAGAAACACCAACCGAAACCUGCGAUCCGAAGCUUAAGCCCACCGCAAGUCCAAGUCCCGUCCUGAUAACAGCCUGCGGCUCCGGCUUCAUAUUCCCCGGCCUAGGUCUCGACGCAUCCUACUGCCGACUCAUCUCGAGCAAGGCUGCACACACCGUCGUCGACGUCGAGUAUCGCCUCGCACCUGAACACCCAUUUCCAUGCGCAAUUGAGGACUUUAUCUCCGUGGUAACCUGGGUACAAUCCCAGCCUGAGAGGUUCGAUACCAGCAGGAUCAGCAUCGGUGGGUUCAGUGCGGGCGGCAACAUUGCGGCAAGUGUUCCGGCGAAUUUAUUUCCCCCGGGGACUUUUGCCAAUCUGGUGUUGUUUUACCCGGUGCUUGACGCUAGUAUCAGCCCCAAGGUGAAGAUGGAGACAUUCCGUGCUGAUAUGGAGAACGGUGGGAAGGGCGGCAGUAGAAAAAAUCCGCCAUUGGGUGGAAUGGGUUCUGUCCCGGCUUGCUUGAUGAAGAUUAUGCAGGCGUGCUACUUGGAAAGUGCAGUUGCGGAAGCCAGAGCCAGGCCAACGUCCAGCUGUACCGGCAAGGAUGAUAAUGUUAGCGCGGAUGCGGUCCUAAAAGACCCUCGGAUUUCGCCUACCUACGCAGACGCAUCACGCUUUCCGGCGCGCUGUCUCUUUGUGACGGCUGAGUACGAUUGUCUGGCGAAGGAGGCGGAAGACCUUGGCGAGAGGAUUAGGGCUGUUGAUGGCGAUGGGGAGGCGGGCCGGACGGUUAUCGUUAGAAGGGUGCUGGGGUGUGGGCACCAGUUUGACAAGGGCUGCAAGCCGGGCAGUGAGAGGGAAAAGGUGCGCGACGAGGUCUAUGCGACGGUUGUUGACUUGCUGAAGGGAGAUUGA